AUUUUUAAGGGUGCCCUCGGGACUGUCCAUAAUUUUAAAGGGUGCCUCGGGACUGUCCAUAAUUGUAAAGGGUGCCUCGGGACUGUCCAUAAUUUUAAAGGGUGCCUCGGGACUGUCCAUAAUUUUAAAGGGUGCCUCGGGACUGUCCAUAAUUUUAAAGGGUGCCUCGGGACUGUCCAUAAUUUUAAAGGGUGCCUCGGGACUGUCCAUAAUUUAAAAGGGUGCCUCGGGACUGUCCAUAAUUUUAUAAAGGGUGCCUCGGGACUGUCCAUUAAUUUUAAAGGGUGCCUCGGGACUGUCCAUAAUUUUAAAGGGUGCCUCGGGACUGUCCAUUAUUUUUAAAGGGUGCCUCGGGACUGUCCAUAAUUUUAAAGGGUGCCACUCGGGACUGUCCAUAAUUGUAAAGGGUGCCUCGGGACUGUCCAUAAUUAUUAAAGGGUGCCUCGGGACUGUCCAUAAUUGUAAAGGGUGCCUCGGGACUGUCCAUAAUUGUAAAGGGUGCCUCGGGACUGUCCAUAAUUUUAAAGGGUGCCUCGGGACUGUCCAUAAU